UUUUUUUUUUUUCCUUUUAUUUCUUCUUCUUCUUUAUUUUUACCUUUUAUAGGUAUAUAUUAUUCUUAAUGACUUUGUUUGAUAACAUUAAGCAAGAUGGUUCAAAGGCUAAUCGGCGUCGUAUCAUUAACGUGACUCACCAAAUACCUUUUGAAAUUCAUCACCAACCUGGCCGUACUCCUUCACCUUGGUACUUCAAAUCACGUAGACAUCAUGAAGCUAUGAACGGUGGUAUUCAUUCUUUGACUGAACAUGGAACUUGGGAUAUUGUACAUAUUGGUUGGAUAGGACAAAUCCAAUGGCACUCCGGUGAAGAUACUAUGACACGUCUUUUGACUGAACAAGAUAAACAAGAACUACGCAAUGAACUCUGGCAAGAACAUCAUUCUAUUCCUCUUUUCUUAAACGCUGAAAGUAUCCAAGGGCAUUAUGAUGGUUAUUGCAAGACAAUGCUUUGGCCUUUAUUGCAUUACAUUAUAUGGAAUAACGCAACCGAUGGAAGACUAGAAUCAAAACAAUGGGAAAUAUAUGCAGCCGUCAAUCAAAAAUAUUCGGAGCUUGUGAUAGAUUGUUAUCAACCUGAAGAUGUUGUAUGGAUACAUGAUUAUCAUCUAUUGCUCGUUCCACGUAUACUUCGAAUCAAGUUACCAAAAGCAAAUAUUGGUCUUUUUGUACACUCUCCAUGGCCUACAUCUGAAAUUCUUCGAUGUUUACCAAAACGACAGGAAAUUCUUAAAGGAAUGAUGGGUGCAAAUCUGGUUGGAUUUCAGACCUAUGGUUAUGCAAGGCACUUUAUAUCAACGUGUACAAGAGUGCUUGGAUACGAAACAACACCAGAAGGAAUCUAUGAUGAUGAUGGUUAUUUCUGUUAUGUGGGGACCUUUCCAAUUGGUAUCAACACAGUUAAGGUGGAACAAAUGUUAGCACAACAACAUACUUUGAACAAGAUGAAAAUCAUUACUGAUAUGUACCCGGAUAAGAAGAUAUUGGUAGCAAGGGAUAAGAUUGACUUGGUCAAAGGUGUUUUACAAAAGUUAGAGGCAUUCGAAAAAUUUUUAUAUCUUUAUCCUCAGUGGCGAAACAAGGUUAUUUUGAUUCAAUUGACGGAUGGUUCAGCUACUUUAUCCAAAAACGAUGAUACUGUCAAACUGGAAAACAAGAUAUCAGCAAUGGUAGCUCGAAUCAAUGGCGUUUACGGUUCUCUAGAAUUCACUCCCGUGUAUCAUUAUCAUCAUCAUGUUCAGGACGACGAAUAUCAUGCUUUACUCUCAGUGGCCGAUGCAGGUCUCAUCACAUCAAAUCGCGAUGGUAUCAACACAACAGCAUAUGAAUACAUCAUUUGUCAACAAAAGAGAGCGAGUCCAUUAAUUGUAUCAGAACUGACAGGCACCGCAACCUCUCUCAGUUCAGCCCUAAUUGUCAAUCCAUGGGAUUUAUCUGGUGUGGCAAAAGCAAUUCAUGAUGCACUCAAGAUGUCCGACAUUGAGAAAAUGGCAAGACACCGUCAACUUCUGUAUCAUGUCAAGUCACAUACUGCUGAAUUUUGGGCAAGAUCUUUUGUCAAGCGUCUGAUGGAAUCUAUAGAACUUUCGGAACAAUCAAGCAACACUACUCUUUUGACUGGAGAACAACUAUUACCAAGAUAUCAAAAAGCGAAGAAACGACUCAUUUGUUUGGGCUAUGAUGGAAUAUUGAUACCUAGACAAAAUCGACGAAAAAUUGGAGCAAGUAUACCAGCAAAAACAACACUUUUAUCUCUACAGAAACUAUGUGAUGAUCCACGGAAUAUUAUUUGGGUGGUUUCUGGUCAAGAUGAACUUACUUUGAGCCGGUCUUUGGGCAGCAUCAAAGGACUUGGACUAUCUGCUGAAAAUGGAGCCUUCAUCAAGUAUCCCAACAGUCAACGAUGGAUUAACCUUAUGCAAGAUGUGGAUAUGGAAUGGAAGAAUGAUGUGAUCGAAAUCUUUACUUACUACACGGAACGGACGAGUGGCAGUUUUAUUGAACACAAACGAAGCUCAAUUACAUGGAACUACUUAUUGGCUGAUCCGGUAUAUGGUGCUUUUCAAGCAAAAGAAUGUCAAAAUCAUCUAGAACAUGCCAUUUUGUCAAAAUUACCAGUGGAACUCAUCAUUGGUAAGAAGAAGGUGGAAAUACGACCUCGGAUGACAAACAAAGGGGAAAUCAUCAAACGAUUAUUGAGCAGCAACAGCAAUACUAAGUCUUCAUCAUCUUCUUUACGAGCAACGACAAUAUCACCGAUAACAGGAUCGGCUUCAUUAGAUGAUCAGGUCAUCGAUUUUAUUUUAUGUUGUAGCACUUCUGAAGAUAUGUUCAAGGCAAUCAAGAAACUAGGACGACAAGACGCAAUGUCUGUGAUGGUUGGUGCCGAAGAAAAAAGGAAGACAUUGGCUACGUGGCAUUUACCUACAGCGGAUGAUGUGAAAAAUAUUUUAUUAGACAUGGCCAAUACUCUGGAUACUUGAUGUAUAUAAUUUAGCAACCGUUUACGUGUCUUUAUAGAAUGGAUUUUUACUUUUUAUUAUCAUUAUCAAUAAAACCAUGGAUUUUACUGUUA